GCAUCUUGGCUCGUAUCGAAACAAUAAAGAAGAUGGCGAAAUAAUGGAAACUGUCAUUGAUAUAAGAGAACACGAUGUACCGUACGAAAUGCGUGUAUGCAUCGAUGAGAAGCUAUUCGUCGGUUCGUGGUAUCAGGUGGUUGGUCGCGAUUCCAAUCGCAGACCAUCCAUAAAACCACACCCCACCCUCAUCGAUCAACCGGAUCCGGUGGUUCUCGCGUACGAUAUCGAAGUCACUAAAUUACCUCUCAAAUUUCCUGAUUCAUCAAUCGAUGAAAUCAUGAUGAUAUCGUACAUGAUUGAUGGGAAAGGUUUUUUGAUCAUCAAUCGACAAAUCGUUUCUGAAGAUAUCGAAGACUUUGAGUAUACACCAAGACCUGAAUACAAGGUU